GUGUUUCUACCGUGUAUUUCGCGGUAUUACCGUAAAUGGGAUACAAAUACAGGAAUGGCUUGACACGGCAACGAGAUCUUGUGGAGGCGCACGAUGCUGACGUUCCAUGCCAAGCUCGAGUGCAACACGUACUCGCCCUGGCUGGAGCACUACGUGAGCUACCUCGAGCUCAAGGCACUGGUCAAGAAGCUCCAGAGGCGCGCGACCUUUCUGCGGCAGCACGAAGCAGGCAACGAGGCGGCGCCGUGCCUCCCGCCCGAGGCCAGCGACUUUGCCGUUGCAUUUGAUGCCAACUGCGUCCGCGUCCAAGACUGGUACAGCGAGCGCCUCGACGAGUUCUUGGCGCAGUUUGCGCUACUCACGCGUCAGUGCGAGGCGCUGCAGAGCCAUGGAGAGCAAGACCACGUCGAGACGGAGCUCCUCAAGACAUCGUUCAUCGAGCUCCACCACCUCGUGCGCACCCUGCGCGACUACGCACUUCUCAACUACACGGCGCUGCGCAAAAUCCUCAAAAAAUACCUCAAGAAAUGCCCCAUGGCCAGCGCCAACCACGACAAGCUCCAAACCGAGCUCCAUUGCCAAGCGUUCGCGACCGCCGAGGCAGCGCAACGAUUGGCGGCAGACCUCGAGGCCUUUUACACGGCGUCGUUCCACGACAAUGACCGCGUCCUCGCGCUCUCGGAACUCGACGGCUGGAAGGACGACGCGCUCGACUGGCGACACGUGUACAUUGGCUUGAAGAUGGGCGUCUGCUUGGUGCUGACGUUCUGGCUGCUCUGGGACCACGCACUACUGGCCUCGCCAGGCUACCAUGCCAAGCUGACGCAGACCAAGGCGUACCCUGUCUACCGCGGCGUCGCGCUCCUUCUCUUCUUCCACUGGCUCUGGGGCCUCACGCAGUACGCGUGGCGCUCGGCGCGCAUCAAUUACAUGUUCAUUUGCGAGCUCGACCCGCACACGACCGCCGACUACACCCAAGUCUUCAACGACGCCAGCGACCUCACGAUGGUCUUCUACGCCAACUUUCUCUUGUACGUCCAGGUCGUCUCGGGCGAGCUCUCCGGGUCGCUCCUUCCCCGCGGCUACUACCCGCUCGCCCUCGUCGUGUACGUCCUGUACCGCUACUGCAUCAAGGCGUGGUCGCGCCAGAAACGACUGCUGCGCGUCCUGCACGACAUUGCGCUCACGCCGUUCUUUCCCGUGAGCUACUUUCACACGUUCGUCGGCAACUACUUGACGAGCGCCACCAAGAUGAACCAGGACUUUGCGUGGACCGUGUGCUUUUUCGCCACCGGCGAGUUUACCGAGAGCGACGACGUCCCGAGCGAGUGCUCGCGCAAUGUGUACUAUACCCGCGUCGCCGUCCCGCUCAUCUGCGCCGUGCCAGUGUGGUGGCGCUUUCUCCAGAGUUUGCGGCGGUGCUACGAGCUCGGGUCGUGGUUUCCGGGCCUCCCGAACGCGCUCAAGUACGCACUGGCGCAGCUCGUGAUCUUGUUCGGGCUCUUCCACUCGUACUACUCGCCCCUCGCGCCGAGCAACUCACUGCAGGUGGUCUGGGUCUGCCUGUUCGUGUGCAGUUCGCUCUACAAUUGGGCGUGGGAAGUGGUCAUGGACUGGGGUCUUCUUCGUCCCAAGUAUCAAUUUCUGGGUGACGGGCACAUGUACUCGCGUCGGUGGGUCUACUACGUGGCCAUCAUCGUCAACCUUGUCCUCUGCUUUUCGUGGACACUGGCGCUGAUCCCGCCGGACGUCGGGUCUUUUGGCACGCUCCUCUUGGAUUUGCAGCCGAUUACGCUCUUCAUGGAGCCGAUGCGCCGCACCAUGUGGAGCUGUCUGGCGAUGGAGAAUGAGCAUUUGCGCAACACGUUGGGCUUCCGGAAGGAACACUUUAUCCCGCUGCACUUUGACCGGCCGCCCUCGCCCACAGUGCGUAAGCCAACGUACGCGUUCCGGAUCGCGGCCUUGAGCGCUGUCGUGCUCUGCCUGAGCGCUGCUGCCAUUCUCUUGGGCUAG